AUGCGAAAUGCUGUCUAUUCUCAGAAAAAUUUCAAAGUCGUGUUAUGGCCAGCCGGGAGCACCUUUAUUGACGACUUGUCGAGUUUCCAGCAGGAUCUUUUCGCCUACACCAAUGGCCAUUUUCUUGUUGACGAAGAACACCAGUUUAGCAGACGAUAUGUCCGAUUCAAUUUGGACGCGCUCCGCAAUACUGCUGCCACAGCUGGAGGAGAUUCCAGUCGGGUCAUAGCUAUUGACAAGAUGGAAGGGGGUUUCAGCAAGGCUUUCUUGAUGAAAAAAGCAGACGGAAUGGAAGUAAUUGCCAAGGUUCCGUGCCGCAUUGCUGGCCCGCCCUCAUUAACAACGGCUGGUGAAGUAGGAGUUUUAGAAUUACGGAGACACACUAGCAUUCCUGUGCCCCGUGUCCUUUCUUGGUCGUCAGAUAGUUCGAAUGCAGUUGGUGUCGAAUAUAUCAUUAUGGAGAAAGCUGCCGGGGUUCCUCUGUUUCAACAAUGGAGCAACAUGACGGAAUUCGAAAAACUGCAGUUAAUCAAGAACUUGACCAAACUUGAGGCUCAGCUGUUGGCUGUUAGAUUCCCUGCUUAUGGAGGACUGUACCUUCGGACAGACAUGAGCCGAUUAAACAGGCCACUCGACAGUGAUAUCGAUCCAUCCCAGUCCUUUUGCAUUGGACCUUCUUGCGAUCGGUCAUUCAAUACGGAACUGAAUUUGGAAUUCAAUCAAGGGCCUUGUGCGUUACUUGCGUAA